GUUAUAUUAAGGAAAAAUCCUGCAUUUCUGAAAGGAUUGCAAAGAAAUGAUCCACGCGUUUCUAUGGUAACAAACGUGGCGUUCUCCACCGGAUAAUCAUGGCGGAUGAUCUGGAUGAUUUACUUGAUGAAGUCGAAUCAAAGUUUUGUUGCAGCACGUCUGCAUCCAAACAAUCAACUUAUGCUUUAAAACAAACGGACCAAAAAUGUGCGAACCCCGAGGACAAGAAACAGUCCAGAAAACAAGGAUGCAAAAAAGCUCGACAUGACAAUGAUGAUAUUGAUGCUAUGCUGCAGGAAAUACUGGACGAUGAUUAUCAGCCCAUCAGCACUCACGAAUCCAUUGCAGCAAAGACUUCCACAAGUGAUGCAUGUUCUCAGACAAUGUCCAAGAAAUGUUGUCCUGUGUUUCUUGGUGGAAGUUCUGUACCACACGGUAUUGGAACCAGCCUUUCACAAAGGGCCUGCAACCGUUUAAGAUGUAUAUCUUGCGAUUUCAGUGUAAUCAUGUUUGAGGAUCAGGAAUGGGACUCAUCCGGUGACUAUUUAUUUUUCAGGAAUAACAUGCCGGACCAUCACAAACUAAAAGCCAAACUGAGAAGGAAAAAGGAUGGGCGUGCGUACGCCUGUCAGUGUAGCUGGCACUCAGCCGUGUCGCUCUCUGACCUGAGGGAACAACAGCAGCUAAAGUGGGUUUGUGGCAAACACAAAGUAUGAGCACGAGUCUGCAACAGUUCUCCUCUGAAAUCUUAUCUGUGUCCACCAGCAAGUGUUGCAUGCUCUCCUCCUCACAAAACAGAAUGCUGGCCAUUUUCAAAAUUUGCUUUGUGCAGUUUGUGGGACUGGAUAACAAAAAUAAGUCGUUUUCUUCUGAGUUUUUGUUUUUUGUGUGAAGUAAUUGUGAGUCUCUUUGACGACGCUACAUUCUCCCUUAGAAUGAUGAAGCACUGUGGCUGGUUUAUAUUAUGUAGACUCUAUUAUUUUUAAUAAUGAAAGGCUGUAACAUAUACAAAUAUUCUAAAUACACAUGCAAA